AUGUCCGACGAUACUCGAUCAACGCCGCCCGCAAAGCGGAUUCAGGUACCCCGAGCCUGCCAGCGAUGCAAGACAUUGCGGCGCGGCUGCAACGAGUAUCGGCCCUGCAGGAGGUGCGUGGACGCUGGCCUCGGGGAACAGUGUGCCGCGCAGUCCGGUCCUUCGGCGCCCAUAGGAGGAGGACGAGAUCCGUCUCAGCGGUUAGCAGAGCUUGUGCCUGUCCAGAUCAUUGAUCACUGCGUCGAGAGGUUCUUUGCGAGGCUGUAUCCCACUAUCCCCAUCCUCACUCGCGACCAUGUCCUCAGCCUCAAGGGCUCGUCGUUGGUCGAGGCUCACGCUGUACUCGCCGCCAUGUGCGCGCAGGUGCUGCUCCAGGCCGAAGAGCCCGAGAAUCUACUUUCCGAAGGCGUCAUACGUGAGAGUAAUGCCACUUACGGGAACAUGAUCCUGGAGAGCGCUGUGGCGACACACCAGUCCAUCUCUCGUAAUGUCAAGCCCAGCCUCAAUCAGUGCCUCCUCGCCUUCUUCCUAUACGCAUGCCAUGCGAGGCUAUCACAUCACAGCCAGGCAUUCCUAUUCCUCCGCGAAGCAACAACCCUGUUUUGUCUACUGAGACUCGACGACAUGGACGUCUCCACGAGAGCUCUGGCUGGUCGCCUCUUCUGGGUUCUCCUUGUAUCAGAAAGAUCACACGCAAUCCGCUACCGUCGCCCUAUCACGCUACAAAUCACAAGCGAAACACCAGAGCUAGAGAUGGGAGAUCUCUCACUGGUCGGCUUCUGGAGUCUGGCUGCUCUCUUUCGACCCUUAGACACUUCGUUCGUCGCGCUGCUCAACCAAGAGAUUGCCGCAACGCCGCCGCUUCAUGCGUCACUUGACUAUGUCGAGACAUCGGUCAACACGGCCCUGAAAGCUGAUAUACACCUACACGAUACUCAAAAAGCAAAUCUACGGAUAACACAACUUUGGCUUCGCGUUAUAAUAUGGAAGCUACGUCUACGCCUAGGGCAUCUCAGCGAGAGUGCAACCCAGCACAGUCUCACGUUUCAAUAUCCCCUCGAGGUAGCAAAAGACCUAACCUUGUCGACAAGGGACCUGCCACUCGAGAGCAUCAAAGUACACGGAGUCGGACUGACUGAAAAGCUUUACGAUGUGGUCUCAGCAGUGGUGGAUGUUUUGGCCCGUGUUCCUGUCAACCCAUCAAGUCCUCAGGGUCUAGCAAUGGGUACGUCGCCGCAAGAUGACUUGGCAUAUAUCCGAGGCCUCAUGGCUCAACUGCCAGGUGGUACAAACAUCUACGAGCCGCUGCUUGUCAACCACAUUCAGCAAGCCCUUCCAAGUCCGGGACCGAGCAUUGCACAAAGCAGCCCCACGGCGUAA